AUGGACGAGAAAAAUUCUUUGUCAUCUACACAAACAACUAGUAAUUAUUUUAAAAAAUUUCUAAGCAAUCUUAACGAACUUCGAAAUAAUUGUUUGCUUUGUGAUGUCGAAAUUGAGUGCCAAGAGAAAGUAAUUUUUGCCCAUAGAGGUAAUUUUUUUAAAUUAAAAUUAAAUACCUUUUCGAUUCCUUUAGUUAUUUUGGCGGCUUCUAUCGAAUAUUUUCGCGGACUUUUUAAUUCAGGGAUGGCUGAUGCCGGUGAAAAGCGAAUUGUUCUUAAGGAAAUUACUUUUAUUGGUCUAAAACAAAUUGUGGACUUUGCAUAUACAUAUGAAUCUUAUACUUUGCAUAUACACUUGCAUAUACUUUGCACUUGCAUAUACACUUGCAUAUACUUUGCAUAUACAAUCUUAUACUUUGCAUAUACUUUGCAUAUACAUAUGAAUCUUGAAAAUAAUGUUAAGCAAUCAUUACAGGCUGCUAAUUAUCUUGGAAUAAAUUCAGUCAAAGAAGCUUGCGAAACUUUUUUGACUUCUCGAAUUAAUGUUGGUAAUUGUAUUGAAUUGUAUGAACUUGCAGAUCAAUAUAAUUGUUUAAAAUUGUUUGAUUCUAUUUAUAUAUUCAUUUUGGAACAUUUUUUGGAAUUUUCUAAACUCCCUCAAUUUCUCUCACUCAAUUCAAUUACAUUAUUAGAACGUUUAACUUCAAGCGAUGAAUUGUUUAUACCUGAUGAAUAUUUUCUUUUUGAAUUUUUAAUUAAUUGGGUUAAACAAAAUGAAGAAGAAAGGCUUAUUUAUUUGCCAAAACUUUUAAAAAAUAUUCGUUUCUUUCAAAUUCCAACAAAUAAAUUUUUAAAUAAUGUUCUGCCAAAUACAUUAAUUAAUAAAUGCCCAGAAGCUUUGACUUUUGUUAGAUCUCAAACUGAAGCUAUUUUGGGAAAAAUUGUUGGAAAUAAUUCUUUUGGAAAUAUUGAUGGAGUUACCAAUUCGUCAACAUUGGUUUCAUUUCGUCCAAGAAAAGUUUAUGCUGGUGUCAUAUUUUGUGUUGGUGGACGUGGUUCACGUUUGGAUCCGUUUAAGUCUGUUGAGGUUUUUGAUUGGUUACAUAAUUGUUGGCAUCAAAUUUGUGAACUUAAAAUUGGAAGAAGACACGUUGGCGUUAUUUGUGUUGGUUCUAGAAUUUAUGCAAUUGGUGGACAUGAUGGAACUGAACAUUUAAGUUCUGUUGAAUGUUUAGAUGUUAAAGAAGAAUCUUGGAGGGAUGUUGCCCCAAUGAAUGUUAGAAGACGAGGAAUGGCUGUUGGGGCUUUGGGUGGUGCGAUAUAUGCCGUCGGAGGUUUAGAUGAUCAGAAUUGUUACAGGGCUGUUGAACGAUACGACAUACAAGAAAACUUAUGGGUACAGGUUGCUGAUAUGACCACGCCUAGAGGCGGUGUUGCUGUUGCUGCUUAUGACGGAAAACUUUAUGCAAUUGGUGGAAAUAGUGGAACCCAUUCAUUAGAAACAUGUGAAAAAUAUGAUCCAAUAUUAAAUAAAUGGACAUCAAUUGCUCCAAUGAAGAAUAGAAGAGCUGGGUCUGGAGUUGCCAUUAUUGGAUCUUAUUUAUAUGUUAUCGGAGGAUUUGAUGAUGACUCCCCUUUAAGCACCUGUGAACGUUAUAGUUUUGCAGAAAAUGUUUGGAAAGAAAUAGAACCACUUUCCUGUGCUAGAGGAGGUGUUGGAGUAACAGCAAUGGGUGGACGUAUAUUUGCUAUAGGUGGACAUGACAGUCAUAAUUAUUUAAACACAGUAGAAGCAUAUGAUCCUUUAUCCGAAGGAAACGAAAAUAAAUGGACAGAAAUUGCUUCUAUUAGUCAAAGAAGGGCUGGCGCGGGUGUCGCUUGGUCACCUUGUAGUAUUAAAGAAAUUUCUUUUUCUGAUGAAAAUUGUGAUUUAUAA